AUGUUAUCUGCCUUUUUCAGUUAUACAUAUGAUCAAGUGACUGUAAAACUGGGGCUCUAUUCCCUGGUUGGAAGCAAUCCUAACAGUGUGUCAAGCAGCCUCAUUAAGGCCAUCAAACAUCCGAACUACAACAGUCAAACGAACGACAACGACCUCUCUCUCCUGCAGCUAUCCUCUACUGUAUCAUUCAAUAAUUAUAUCACUCCUGUGUGCCUGGCUGCUACAGGGAGCACUUUUAACAAUGGCACCCUGAUAUGGGUUACUGGCUGGGGAAACAUUGGUAGUGAAGUAAGUCUACCAUCUCCUGGGAAAUUACAGGAAGUUCAAGUCCCAAUUAUUGGAAACAGGAUGUGUAACUGUUUAUAUGGAGUUGGAACUAUUAACAAUGAUAUGUUGUGUGCUGGGUUUUUGCAAGGGGGCAAGGACUCUUGUCAGGGUGACUCUGGAGGUCCACUGGUUAUUAAACAAGGCUCUCAGUGGAUCCAGACUGGCAUUGUGAGCUUUGGUAAUAAAUGUGCUCUCCCAAAUUAUCCUGGUGUGUACACGAGUGUUUCUCAAUAUCAGAAUUGGAUCAGUCAAACUAUCAACACAAACCAGCCUGGCUUCAUCAAGUAUACAUCCAGUGGCACUGAUAGUGAUCUGCAGGUGAACUGCAAAGGCUUGCCAACUGUUCCCCCAACUACUGUACCAUCUGUGGUAUGUGGAAGUGCCAAGCUCAAUACUCUUUCAGGAACAGGCAGCCCCUUGGCAUCAGCAGGUACAUGGCCGUGGAUGGCCAGCCUGCAGCUUAAUGGUACUCAUAUUUGUGGUGGAACACUAAUAGCCCAGCAGUUUGUCAUGAGCUCAGCUGAUUGCUUUUCUAGCACAAACAAUCCCUCUGACUGGUCCGUAAAACUGGGUCGGCUCAAUCAGACCGGCCUUAACCCCAACGAGGUCACUGUUGCUGUGGCUAAUAUCACAUUCAGCACAAAUGGCAGCAAUAACAUAGCAGUGCUGAAGUUGUCUACCACUCCUACUCUUUCCGACUUCAUCCAGCCCAUAUGUGUAAACCUGGCGAGUACCAACUUCAAUAUUGGUUCUCAAUGCUGGGCAGCUGGCUGGGGCUCAGGAGGAGGAGCUCAACAAACACUUCAGCAGUUCAACAUGACUAUAGUGGACUGUGGAAAUGCAUCUUCAUCAAGCAGCAUCUGCACACAAGUCAUACCAUUAGAACAGACUGAAAGAGGAGGUCCUCUAAUGUGUAAGAUUGGGCAGACAUGGAUCCAGGCUGCAGUUUUAACCCUCACAAGCAACAGCACGAACAGUACCACUAAUUUUAUCAACAGCUCGAACAACACUACUAAUCUUACAAACAAUUCAGACAGCAACACUAAUUCUACCGCCAGCUCGAACAGCACAAUUAAUUCCACCACCAGCUCGAACAGCACCACUAAUUCCACCACCAGCUCGAACAGCUCCACUAAUUCCACCACCAGCUCGAACAGUACCACUAAUUUUACCACCAGCUCGAACAGCACCACCAAUUCCACCACCAGCUCGAACAGCACCACUAAUUCCACCACUAGCUCAAACAGUACCACUAAUUCCACCACUAGCUCGAACAGCACCACUAAUUCCACCACUAGCUCGAACAGCACCACUAAUUCUACCACCAGUUCGGACAGCACCACUAAUUCCACCACUGGCUCAAACAGCACCACUAAUUCCACCACUGGCUUAAACAGUACCACUAAUUUUACCACUAGCUCGAACAGCACCACUAAUUCCACCACUAGCUCGAACAGUAAUACUAAUUCUACCACUAGCUCGAACAGUACCACUAAUUCUACCACCAGCUCGAACAACACCACUAAUUCUACCACUAGCUCGAACAACACCACUAAUUCUACCACUAGCUCGAACAGCACCACUAAUUCUACCACUAGCUCGAACAGCACCACUAAUUCCACCACCAGCUCGAACAGUACCACUAAUUCUACCACCAGCUCGAACAACACCACUAAUUCCACCAACACCACAAACACCACUAGUGGCUCUAUUAAAAUCUUGUUAGAAGGGUCCCCUCGUGCCCCGAAUAUACAGACCUUCACCACAACAUCUAGAUCAGGCAAUAGAUGA